AUGUAUAAGGUGACGCAUACAAGUCUAACAAAUCAGCAGUUAAUUAUCUAUCAACGUUUAUAUAAGUUUCUCCCAGGACUCGUCUUCGUAGAUAUGAUAGUCUAUGUAACUAUUUUUAUCUAUCUAUCUAUAUAUCUAUGUAUCUAUCUCUUUUCAUCCCUCAAUGCUAUCUAUCUAUCUAUCUAUCUAUCUAUCUAUCUAUCUAUCUAUCUGUCUUUUCAUCUAUCUAUCCAACUAUACCAGUCUAUUCAUAUAUUUCUUUAUAUCUAUAUAACUAUUUUUUAUCUAUCUAUCUAUCUAUCUAUCUAUCUAUCUAUAUCUAAGUCUUUCCAUCACUUUUCUCAAUCCCUCUCAGUGCUAUGUUCUAUCUAUCUAUCUAUCUAUCUAUCUAUCUAUCUAUCUAUCUAUCUAUCUAUCUAUCUAUCUUUUUCUUCACUUUUCUCAAUCCCUCUCAGUGCUAUCAUCUAUCUAUCUAUCUAUCUAACUAUCUAUCUAUCUAUUUUUAUGUGUUUAGCAUUAUAA